ACUACUGAUGCUACGGCUUCUUCUGAACUCGCGUCGCAGCUCUUGGAUUUUGGUUUGAACACCAAUAUAGAGCACACCCCCAACUCUCUACUUGACUCUCAGCUUAAGAUGGAUCGAAACCCUUUCCAGUCUGUCAACAAUCGUAGAAACAAGCUGGUUACGGACCGCAGCAGUACAACCCAAAUCCAACAGCCCCAACAGCCUCAACAGCAACAUUUUCAGCCUCAAACGCUAAGAGCUAGCAUGCAGUCUCUGGGUAUGGCGCCUAGAAGUCUUGCUUCGUCUAACUGGAGAUCGCAGGCUGCGGAUGAGGCAGCAUUGUCAGCUCGUACUGGCGAAUUCCCCUCGUUCGACCCUACUGUUAGCCAUCAUACACAGCAAAGUUCUGGUGGUCGACAGUCGUUAUACGCAGGCUCUCGUUCAGAUCAGUUCCAGCAGCAGCAGCAGCAGCAACUACUCUCUAGCAUGAUGCCUUACUCGGUUUCUAGCAACAUCAACGACUUCCAGCUGGAAUCCAGCUACGCUUACUGCUACGAUCGAGGCAACGGCCAGUAUACGCGUCUGAUCCCUGCCGACAUGUUGCCCGCCUUAAAGGAUAUUCCAGCCCUGCAGCAGAACUGCUCCGGAAUGCUGGUGUUGCCGCUACCACGAGGUCUGCCUUCAAACGGACGGUCGAGCAACACUAACCCGGCUAUCCUCAGAAGUCCAACGAAUACCCCGUCUUCGACUUCGGAUAACAUCCAGUCACGAAUCGACACCAUCGUAGCCUCGACGCCCCCGACGCCAACAAGCCUGUCCAUGGCAACGGGAGUCGCAGGUCUGGGUCCCGGAUCCGCCGCCGGCGCUACAGGUGCCCCCCUCCCGCAACACGCCCAACAUCCUCACCACCAUGCCAGCACCAGCCACAACAACAACCACCCCCAACAGCAGCCGCAGCGACGCCCCAAGAUCUACUGCGACAAGUGGGUGCACGAGGGCGUGUGCGCCUUCACCCAGCAGGGCUGCAAGUACAAGCACGAGAUGCCCUUCGACAAGGUGACGCAGCACCAGCUGGGCCUGUUCCACGGCUUCCCGGCCUGGUGGAAGAAGCACCAGGCCGACCUGUCGCGGCAGAGAGACGGCCCCGAGGACCCGGUUAGGCUGAGCGGCGGCAGCAGCGGCGGCGGCGCUGAGCGGUUCAUGGGACGAGGUGGAGGCGGAGGUGGACAUCCUGCUGCUGCGGGGGCCGGUGCCGAGGUUGCGGGGAUGGCGUCGGGACCCCCGAGCUGGCGCCGGAGCGCCGACGGGCUUCCUACGGAGCAGAAGGCGUUGGGGACGGGUCGGAGCAUGGCGAGGGAUAUGAGAGGAGGAGGAGGAGGAGGAGGAGGAGGUAUUAAGAAUCCAUUUGUGUCGUACUCGUCUCCGUUCGGUCCCAUCGCACCCCCGGCUUGGACCUCGUCGACGACCCCGGCGGCGUUUGCAGCCGCCGACCUGGAUGCUGGUGCUGCGUCGAAGGCGGGAGGAGCCGGAGCCGGAGCCGGGGGCAAUGGCGGCGGCGGCGGCGGUGCUCCGACUGCGAACCCGUACUCCUCGCUCGAGGCGCUGGAGGAGAGCGCCAAUGGCAAGGGCGGAGAGAAGGCCAAGGCGUCGGUCGGAGGCUCUAGCGGUGCGCGGCUGAUUUGA